UCGUUCAGUCCUCCCCCUCCAACGCGCACUCUCCCCUGACAUAUGCCUCUUCCCCGCGCCCUGAGUCCAUGACCUCCUUCUCCUCCGCCGCCGCCGCCGCCUCGUACACGCCCCGCCGCCCCGGCCUCCGCAUUCCCCGAUGUUCCUCCUCCACAACACCUUCCUGCUCGUCCGCAUCCGCCUCCCUCCUCACCACCCCCUCCGCCUCCUCCACUACUCCUUCAGCCCCAACGCCCACCUGCCGCCGCAACAUCCUUCCACGGUCCCGGCCCCGGCCCCGCCGCAAGCCACCGAGCUUUGGAUCGCCAAAGCGCUCGCAUCAGCGGCCCUCCUCCGGCCGCACCGCCUCCCUGCCUUCCGCGUCCUCGAUCCCUCUCCGUUCGCCGCCGCGGCCGCGGUCCGCCUCGCGCCGUGCGCCGCCGCCGCGCUGUGCAUCUUCUCCUGUCUGCACUCCCCGCCGCUCUCCCUACCCCCUUCUGAGCACUCCUACCGUCACGUCAUCUCGUUGCUGUGCCGGUCUGGCCGCCACAGCGACGCCCUUAAGCUGUUCGACCAAAUGAUGGGCCAGUCGGGGUACUUCCCCGAUGCGGGAUUCUUCUCGUUCGUAGCAGGAUCCUGCACCAAUGCCGGCCAUCUUGAUGCCGCAGCAACUUUGCUCGCUAAGGGCUCCCAGUUUGGUUGCCACAUCGAGCCGUAUGCAUAUAACAAGGUCAUGAACUCAUUUAUUGCACACGGCCGCACGCAGGAUGCUGUUGCUUUGUUUGAGAAUUGGAUUCAAGAGGGGCUGUAUUCUCCGGAUGUCUGGAGUUUUAAUGUCGUCAUUAAGGGGGUGUGUCGGGUAGGGAAUGUCCAAAAGGCACUCCAGUUGGUUGAAAGGAUGGAUGAGUUUGGGUGUUCACCAGAUACCAUCACACACAAUAUUCUUGUUGAUGGGCUAUGCAGGGUUAAGGAGGUGAACAAGGGCCGUGAGGUAUUGAGGAGGCUCCAAAGGGAUGGUGUUUGCAUGCCCAAUGUAGUGACAUACACCUCAGUGAUCUCAGGUUAUUGUAAGACUGGCAGGAUGGAGGAUGCUCUGGCAGUAUACAAUGACAUGCUUGAAUAUGGGACAAGACCCAACACGAUCACAUACAAUGUGCUUAUUAAUGGAUAUGGAAAGACUGGAGAUAUUGAAUCUGCAUUGGGAAUGUAUCAACAGCUUAUGCUCCAUGGCUGCCCCCCUGAUGUUGUGACAUUUAGUUCGUUGAUUGAUGGAUAUUGUCGGUGUGGACAGCUUGAUGGUGCAUUGAGGGUUUGGAAGGAUAUGGUUCAGUAUCAUAUCCAACCAAAUCUGUACACUUUCUCUAUCAUGAUACACUCACUUUGUAAGCAGAGUAGAUCAGAGGAAGCUCUUAGUCUUCUGAGAGAAUUGAACAUGCGGGAAGACAUUGCUCCACGAACUUUCAUAUAUAACCCUGUGAUUGAUAUACUGUGCAAGGGAGGAAAGGUGGAUGAAGCAAACUUGAUCCUAUUGGAUAUGGAAGAUAAAGGGUGUCAUCCUGACAAGUAUACGUAUACUAUUCUAAUAAUUGGGCACUGUAUGAAAGGUAGGAUAUCAGAAGCAAUCACCCUUUUCCACAAAAUGGUGGAGACUGGGUGUUACCCUGAUGCUAUUACGGUUAAUUCUUUUAUUAGUUGUCUUUUGAAGGCUGGGAUGCCUAAUGAGGUGGAUCGCAUAAUGCUUAUUGCUUCAGGACAUGCUUCAUCUAGUCAGAAAGUUUGUUCUCUCCAGAGCCAAAGACUAGAUAUUUCAAUUGCUGUAUAGUUGAAUCAUACUAAAAUAAAGAAUGCGGGGAAGAGCACCUUAACUGUAUCAGGUGCUUAUUGCAUCGUAGAACUGGGACUUAUCUUGAUGAGAGCAACAGGCUCCGGACAUUCAUCUGAAAGAAACUCAAGUGUAAAUAUUGAGAUCUUGGUUGCACCAAGGCUACCUAAUUAUCGAGAAAGUAAUCAAACCAAGUUCAUUCUGAGUAAGAAUGGAAAGGUUAAGCUAUUUGGUGCACUGCGCAUUCAGUGGAUUGAUUUGGUGAGUCUCAUCAAGAGGAGUCAAACGAGUGUCCAUAGUGCUGCUCUGCUGCAGUGAUGCUACAAAACUUGCAUACAUGAUGCUUGACACACUCCUGUAAGCAUUAUAUCUGAGCAUAAUCUCUGUCAGUCACUUUGGGCAUUUUGCCAAGAUUCAAGAGCAGCUAUGAUCAGGAGAUUUUUAACCGAAUAAAAUUGAACUAGCAGUUGACGACUCAAUGUUUGAAAGAUUGUAUGGAACUAAAGUUACUCCCUAGCAGAGCUACUUCAGUUAAAUCCUUUCUUCAGUUGAAGAUUAUGCUUGAAGAAUUGGAUGGAAGUGAUUUACUCUCUAGCAGAGGUACUUCAGUUGUAUUAUUUCUUCUCUGUGUAUUGUUCAUCCUCAUAUAGAUUCUUUUUAGGAAAGAGUAUGCACAAGCCUACAGUGGCAUCGUACACAAUUUUUGCUAGAUAUGUCUACACAAGCCUGAGUAUACGGUUUUUCCGCUGCAAUUUUUAAACUUGCCUUUGAGGUGCUGAGUAGUUUCUAGUUUUACUAGCAUAAUCAGUCUGUUGAGGAGCUGGAAUCAGUUAAGCCAUGGAAGGAUUUCGGUCUCUUCAUGAAAGUUCCACAUUGGCUUGUCUGCUAGGCCUCAAAUAUCACGCAUUUUGGGAGGACUUCAGUUUGUUCCAGCAUUAAAAUUAAGUUUAAGCUGUCCAAAAGAAGUCCAUGUUAAGGUGGUAAAGUUAUUCAUAAUUUCAAUUACUAACUCAAGACAUUCCCCAUCUUUUUCUGAAGUCCAAGUUAAGGUGGUCGUAAGUCAUAAUUUCAAUUGCUAAGUCGAGACAUUUCCCAUCCUUUUUCUGUUUUCACCACUUAAGGGAUAUCCUUGAGCACUACUUUUGACUGUACAAGGCAUAGUCACAGAAUUUGGGAUAGAUGUCGCGUUCCCAAAUCCAGGGUCAGGAUGUAGCAGGGUUGAUGCCCCAUUUCUGCCUGGGUCACCACUCCGCAGCAGCAGGAGCAUGUGUGCCGUACAUAGAAACAGGGGAAAGGAGGGAGGGUGGGAUGAUGUGGGUUUGUUUUGCUGAGAUGUGGGACGACGGCCAGCGGCUGAUAGGACCACACGACUUAGGGAGCAGCAACAGCCAACGCAAAAUAAAAAUGUCUCCAACAAAACUUAGGGCACAAAAUGGAAGAGGACACCAUGGGCAAUCAAUUUUACUACUGCCUGCUGCGAGAUGUUGGCUAGCAGUGGUUGAUUUGUGGAUUUCAGAGGUGGGUUGCCUGAGAGGAGAGAGAAAGCGAGAAGCAAGGCAGGACCGCAGGAGGCGGCUGCAUGCGUGACUAUUUUAGGGUUACAUUAGGUGGGGUAGUUGGCUGGAUGGGCCGGAUGAAUUUACUUCUUUUUUUUUUAACUUUUUUUACUUUGUAUUGAACCUCUAUAACUAUAACUACUUAUGCAUGACAUAUCAUAUAGACACCUGCUACCCACAGGCCGGUCGACCUUGACCCAGAUUUCUAGUGACCAUGGACCAUGGUACAAGGUGUACACAUUUAGCAAUUUUGUUGAUAAUUCGUGAAAAUUGCAAUUUUGUUUGUUGAGUUAUAAUACAUAGCAGGUGAGUAACAUUGGAAUAGGGAUGUUCUAUGCUUCUGUGCACUUAGUCGGUUUGUCCUCUUUUUCUUUUUCUCGAACACGCAGGAGAGCUGCGCAUCAAUAUAAUAAGAAGAAAUAGUCGGUUAGUCCUCUUGCUUGUUAUGUGUCUCCCUUUUUAUUAAAGAAGCAAAUGAGUGGCAGUGAAAGGCUCAUAUCAGCUGGUCUGUAAAUGAUAUUCAGUGCGGCAUACAAUCAUAUGAUGGUGCCAGCAUGCAUUUGUUUCUGACUUGAAGAUGAAAGUAGGUUGCAAGAACAGUGUUAUUGAACAUGAGUCUACUCUAUUCUCUCAUUCAUGCUAUCAGCAUCUGGUUGAUUCUCCAUGGAUGUUGUCAAGAAUUGCCAUCACCCCAAUGAUGAAAGCUUGGUCAUAUCCUGACUGCACUUCCACGUGGUAGAAGUCCUUGCCUCCUAUCAGUUCUUUCCUACCCAUCUGCAGACAGAUACCAUGCGUUAGAUCUCAAUCCCUGGUGCUCGAAUGUUGGUGGCAUGAAUGCAAUGCUGACAAUACACUUCUACACUUUCAUAUAGACAAGUGCAUGCAGAUUUAGAUAACAGAGUAGCAAUAUCGCUUGAGAUGAUUAAGCACUUUUCUUAGUCCAACAUGAUGACUGUAGAUAUGUAGAAUAUAUUUCGUUUUUUCUGUUGUCAUGGAAUAAUUCUUGUUAACCAUGAUCUGGAUUAGUUUAUGUAUGCCUUAAUCAAUUCAGUGACAAUAAAAGGAAUGUCUGAAAGAUAAUUUACUACAAAAGCUGAGGUAAGAGUAUGCAACUAUAAUGGUACGGAUGGCAUACCUGGGCUACUAUUUUUCUGGUGCAAUCAACUAUUGUACAGUCUCUAUCUGCAAAAGAUCCACCAAUUUCGAAAUCCCAAUUUUUGCAGUGCCUCUUGGGUUCAAUAUGAAUUCUAAUUGGAGCACCUUGUGCUAUGCAUGAUUUCGGAUCAGUUAGGCUGAAGACCAACUUGUCUUUUCCUUGGUAAUCCAUCGAGUAUCCAUUCCAUUUGUUCCUAGUGCUUAGAGCCUGGACAAUUCCUCCCUGCGGUGUAGAGUAUUAAUAAUGUGAACAUCAAAGAAACAUAGGAAGUGAAGGUAUUGUAGGACAAAUAGUUGUGUUUCUUUUUCGCAGUUAUGUUUCCUCCAUUUCUCAAGAAAAGUAUAUGAAGUUCUCGAAUCCUUCUCACUAUUUUCUUCUUGAAGAGCUAGUCUCCCUAUUGUAAAUGGGAGCUGGAACAUAAAGCUGUUCCCACAUCUAAAAUUUAAGAGCUAGCCAGUGCGAGAGAAGUAUGAAAUGACGUCAUAGAAUUAGAUCAACAUAAUAUUGGUUCUUCUUCACCAUCUUAGUUCAAGUGAAGCACUGAAAAUCAAGAAAGCAUGCAUCAUAUUUUGAAGUUAUGAUCCAUUACCUUUUUAGAGAUGAAUAGUAUUGGUUCUCCUUCACCAUCUUUGACCAUAAUCUCUCCCUUGGAUCCAAGUAUUCCACAACCAUCUACGAUGAAGACAACAUUAUGACUGAGGAAUGCUGUUGUCCAUUUUGCUUGAUGGUUGAUGCUGCUCACAAAGUGGAGGGAGAGAUCUGUUGCUUGGAUCUGAACCCCUGUUUCUGUUUGCCCACCUUGCCUCUAGCAAGUUCUGUGGCCAGCAGGCGAGUAUUUAUGUUGGGGCAAAAGACGAUUGUUUCAAACAAGACAGUCUCCCAAGCUGAGAAGCAAUGAGGAAAAUCCAGUAGGUUGGUGUGGUUCAGAGUCUCUUUACUAUGGAAAGUCACUGCAAGAACUUUUCUUGCAAGUUGGACAAAAGCCCUGCAUAAAGCAAUCCUGGAAAAAGAAAAAUGGUUGAAUAUAGUUUGUCUAACUUUCAUAAAGCAGCAUCUUUCUGGUGGUGUUGCUCAGAAGUUUCUCCUUUGGCCAUUGUAUGUAUCUCUUCUGUGAGUGCUUAUUAUGCAUUCUAAUAAUUUCAUUUGAAGUUGCAACACUGCCUUUGAUUUUUUUUUGUUCAUUUCAAACUUCUUAACGUCUCAAAUAUAGAGCGCAUGGCACUAUUAGAUGAUAAUAAUUUUACCAGAAGGCAGGAAUAUUUGUCACUGGUGCAUUUCUUAUUAUGCAGACUUUUGUCUGAAUGAAGUUAGCCUUGUGUAAUCCAUGUCCUUGCAAUAGUAUUUCUGGUGUCUGGGCUCUGGGCACAAUGGCGCAUGCUCUCUACAUGCUACUAUUAUUUGUAAUCCCAGAACGGGUGGAUUAGCAUGGGAGCAGAUAGAUUUUGGGAGAUCAUCA